CAGCUGGCCUAUAUAAACGGCCUGCUGGGCGUGCCCUUUCGCUAGGGUUGUCGUGAGUGCCUCUGAGGAAGGCUGGCUUUUGGGGGCGUUUUGCGCUCGCUGAGGGGGCACCUCGGGAACAAUGGCGGAAGGAGAUAAUCGCAGCACCAACCUGCUGGCUGCAGAGACUGCAAAUCUGGAAGAGCAGCUGCAAGGAUGGGGAGAAGUGAUGCUGAUGGCAGAUAAAGUCCUCCGAUGGGAAAGAGCCUGGUUUCCACCUGCCAUCAUGGGUGUGGUUUCUUUGGUGUUUCUGACUAUCUACUAUCUAGAUCCAUCCGUUCUGUCGGGUGUUUCCUGUUUUGUUAUGUUUUUGUGCUUGGCAGACUACCUUGUUCCCAUUCUAGCGCCUAGAAUUUUUGGCUCCAAUAAAUGGACCACUGAGCAACAGCAGAGAUUCCAUGAAAUUUGCAGCAAUCUCGUAAAAACUCGACGCAGAGCUGUGGGCUGGUGGAAACGCCUCUUUACGCUAAAGGAAGAAAAGCCUAAAAUGUACUUCAUGACCAUGAUCAUUUCUCUUGCUGCGGUUGCUUGGGUGGGACAGCAAGUCCACAACCUCCUUCUCACCUACCUGAUAGUGACUUUCUUACUCUUGCUUCCUGGACUAAACCAACAUGGAAUCAUUUCGAAGUACAUUGGAAUGGCCAAAAGAGAGAUAAACAAGCUUCUCAAACAAAAAGAAAAGAAAAAUGAAUAAUACAUCUGCUUUAUGCAGUGUGAUUAAUGGUGUAUACAUUGUCCUUGGGGACAGUGUCUUUUAUGCUGUCUGGAUACUAAAAUGUUACAGAUGUAGCUCUUUGCUGUCCCUCAUUCUGCCCUUAGUUAGUAGAAAUUCUGACUUGCCAAGUAAGGCUUUAUGCCCAGUGUCUUCAUGGGUGUGCUGUCAUCCGCUGGCCUUAUAUGGACAACUCAUUCAUCAUCACCACUCGUCGUGGUUUUUCUCACCCAGGGUUAAUUGAACUCUUACUUUUAAAAUAAUAUAGUGGUGAACUUCAUCCUUUAGUACAGUUAACAGUGGCCUGGGAUAACUGUUCAAGUUGAUCUUUGCUGUAGCUGGAUACAAGAUAGUGGUCUGUGACUACAGGAAGCUGGUUCUACUGUCUACUUCCACAGUCUGCUUAAACAACUGUCUGGCUUCGUGAAUAUAGAAACCAAGUUUACCACUUCUGAUGAAGAGACCAGUUAAGAUUCAUUCCUCAUUCUGUUUCGACACUGUGGGAGAAGAAUCCUCAUGGAAUAAAAUGAAAGUAAUUCCAUGGCCUAGUAUGUGUUGGCUUCUCCCUUGUGCAGAAUUUAGCAAUUUGUUGGAAGCAUUGAUCCUCCCUCCCAAAUGGGUAAUCUGACAGGCUUAGAACUCUUGUUCCCGUGCACUUAAACUUGAAGUUAGUACAUCCUUAAGUGCUUUUUAGUAGCAGGCUUACGCAAGAUGGUAUUUAGGAUUUUUAGCAUACUUUUGAUUUCAGAUUUUCAGCUAAAUGAAACUAAAGUACAUAAUAGGUUAAGAGUCAUGUCUAUGACCUUCACUCCAAGACCAGCCAAUAAAGAACAAAACUCAUCCUGUGUUUAGUCAAGAUUCAUUUCAGUAGAAAACCCUACUAGUUUUUCAAGACCAGAAUAAGCCUUUAAAGGUAAGCCUCAAGAUUCUCAUUUUAUGGUAUCACUGGCUGCUUUUGGUCCCCAUAGAUGGAGUAGUUGAAAUCUGUAGGAAUGAACCUCUGAGGGCUGGAAAUGUGACAUAUUUGGGAACAAUUCUUAAACUGAUUAACUAGCUGUAAUAUAGUUUUGUGAAUUUAUUGCACUGAUGCUGUAAAACCUGGACCUUGUGGUAUAUCUGUUCCUAAGUAAGUGUUGUUUUCUCUCCUUCAAUAUUGCUGUAAACAGUGGCACCCAUGUAGCAUAUGUUUGACUUCUCUUUUUUUAAUGUUUCGUAUACAAACUACCGUAAUUUACAUGUGUCUCCUCACUGUAAAUAAGCUUGUCUUCCUAGAUUUUUGUGUGUAUGUGUGUUCUACCAAUUAACUACUUUUGCAGUUUUAAUCCUGUAUUAUUUCUUCUACUUUGUUUUGUGUAAAAGGGGAAAAAUAAAAAAGCUGGAAUCCC